AUGGGUUUUCUAAAAGAUCUUGACGAUCAUCUGCUGAUACUGUCUGUGGCAGCCACCUAUGUGCUGUCCGGAGGACGUUUCACCUUGGGACUAGCCGUUCUUGUGGUGUAUGGACUGAUCAGAUAUGACACCGCGAGAAAUGAGAAGAACAGUAAAAUGGUAGAUUCAGAGACUUCGGAGAACGCAGACGUUAAAAAGAAGAAGAAAACUUGUUGUGGUGGUAAAGGUGGUGGCUGUUGCUCCUCUAAAUCGAGCGAAAAGAAAGGCGGCUGCUGCGGUGGCAACUGCUCUUCUAAAAAAAAGAGCAGUGAAAAAGUUGAGGAAGUCACUUCAGACACAACACCCGCUGCUACAGAAGUGGAAGAGCUGGCGAUCGAUUUCACUGAAGCUUUCAAACCGGUGAAAAAAAGCAAGAAGGCACGCAAAAUUGUGAAAAGCACGAAACCAGAGCCUAAAAACAAGUCUGAGUUCUUCAAAAAAGCUCUAACGGUGUCAAAUGAGACGCUGAUAAGCUCACAAAUUUAUGUCUUUUAUUCUUCGCUCCAAGGUGCCGCAGAAAGGUCAGCAAAGGUCGUGACUGAUGUUUUGUCGGAUAUCAAGGGCUUGAAACAUGUGCCUAAGCUUAUGAACCUCGAUGAACUAAGUGACUUUGAUGACUAUUUCGUCAAUGUUCCGUGUAAUAACGCCCUGUACGUUAUGGUGCUUCCUUCUUAUGAGACAGAUUCACCUCUAGAUUUUUUCCUACAAUCCAUGGACGAAAACGUGAAUGAUUUCCGAAUUGACAGGCUUUCUUUAAGAAAACUGGUGGGUUAUUGUGUGCUGGGCAUCGGUGACUCCGAAUCGUGGCCGGAAAAGUUCUGCUAUCAGGCACAGCAGGCUGAUCUUUUACUGGCAAAGCAAGGUGGGAGAAGGGUUUUCCCAGUUGGGGAGAUCUGUAUGAAAUUUGGGGGCGAUCCCAGCGUCAUGGAGUGGGCAAAACUUCUGGCAGAUACACUGCGGGACGAUGAACCCAUUCUUUACGAGUACGAUGAAAGCUUAGAAACCGAAAAUGCCGAAGAGCCCAGCGACGAACUCACUAAAGAAUCGUUAGUAGAUCUAGAAGAUGUUGGGGCUUCUUCCGAAUUGCAAGAUGUUACUCAGAUUAAGGAAAUGGUUGCUAAGAACAGUCCAACGUACAAAAACUUGACAAAGCAGGGAUAUACAGUGGUCGGCUCACACUCCGGUGUCAAAAUCUGUCGGUGGACUAAAAAUGAUCUGCGCGGAAGAGGGUCAUGCUACAAACACUCAUUAUUCAAUAUUGUAUCGAGUAGGUGUAUGGAACUUACUCCAUCACUUGCAUGUUCUUCGAAGUGCGUUUUCUGUUGGCGCCAUGGUACUAAUCCGGUUUCCAAGAAUUGGCGAUGGGAGGUCGACGACCCAGAGUACAUUCUGGAAAAUGCCCUUAAGGGACACUACUCUAAGAUUAAGCAAAUGAGAGGUGUUCCGGGAGUCAUAGCGGAAAGAUUUGCAAAGGCCUUUGAAGUACGUCAUUGUGCACUUUCUUUGGUCGGAGAACCCAUCAUGUAUCCCUUCAUCAACAAAUUUGUCAGUCUGCUACACGAGAAAAAGAUAUCAAGCUUCCUGGUUUGCAAUGCACAACAUCCUCAACCUUUGAGAGAUUUGGGUAAAGUCACGCAGCUGUAUGUAUCCAUUGACGCUCCAUCCAAAAGCGAGCUUAAAAAAAUUGACAGGCCAUUGUACCGGGACUUCUGGGAAAGAAUGCUGGAAUGUCUUGAAAUACUGAAAACCUCCCAAUCACAUCAACGUACAGUCUUCAGAAUGACGUUAGUCAAAGGUUUUAAUAUGAGCGAGGUCAAUGCUUAUGCAGACCUCGUUCAGAGGGGCCUACCAUGUUUUAUCGAGGUCAAAGGUGCUACGUUUUGCGGAUCUUCUGACGGCAAUGGCAAUCCCUUGACAAUGCAGAAUAUACCAUUUUAUGAGGAGUGUGCGAACUUUGUCAAGGCCCUUUCAGCUGAACUGCAGAAAAGAGGUUUAGGAUAUGACGUGGCAGCCGAACAUGCUCACUCGAAUUGUAUCCUGAUCGCCGAUACCAAGUUCAAGAUUGAUGGCGAAUGGUGGACCCAUAUUGAUUUUGAUAGAUUUUUUGAACUUUUGGAAUCUGGAAAGCCGUUUGAUCAUACGGAAUACAUCGCGAAGACUCCAGAAUGGGCAUUGUUUGGUAACGGAGGUUUUGCGCCGGGAAACACGAGGUUUUAUAAGAAGAAAAAGAGCACGGAGACAAAAAGUGAGGAUCCAAAAGAUGACACUAAAAUGACGCGUCCGAUUGCUGCGUGA